AUCUGAUUAGUCGACUAAUCACAAAAUUAAUCGGUGACUAGUGACUAUCAAAAUAAUCGUUUGUGGCAGCCCUAUUAUCCAUCCAUAUCAGUGCAUUAUGGAAUACGGAGCAUGACGCAGGAAAAUCCUGGAAUGGUUGGGAUUAUGUGGCUCCCAGCACGGUCUGCAGCGCCACAGUGUUGUUGAAAUCACAGCUUCCUUCGUGUCCUCCUGUGUGACUUGCUGUCAUCCAAUCAGACGCUUAGCUGCGUGCUUAAAUCUGGAUCCAUCUCAAAGUCACAUUUAGAGUCAACAGCACAGCUACCAGUGAAACAACUGUUACACAUAAUCUGCACACUUGUCUGUCACACUGCCUGUUUGUGUGUCUGUGUGGAUUUGCAGCCCAGUGAUGGAGGUGCCCACCGACGGUCCUUUAUCAGAAGAGCAAGCUCGCUUAUACUUCAGAGACGUUAUCCUGGGUAUCGAAUACUUGCACUACCAGAAGAUUGUCCACCGCGACAUCAAACCCUCUAACCUGUUACUCGGGGACGAUGGCCAUGUGAAGAUCGCAGACUUUGGAGUCAGCAACCAGUUUGAGGGCAACGACGCGUUGCUGUCCAGCACUGCUGGCACUCCGGCUUUUAUGGCCCCAGAGACACUUUCAGAUGCACGAAAGAGCUUCAGUGGAAAAGCGCUGGACGUUUGGGCCAUGGGGGUGACCCUCUACUGCUUCGUCUUUGGAAAGUGUCCCUUCAUCGACGAGUACAUACUGGCUUUGCAUAAUAAGAUACGGACCAAGCCUGUAGAAUUCCCAGAAACGCCCAAAAUCAGUGCAGAGCUGCAGAAUCUGAUCUUACAGAUGUUGGACAAGAACCCCGACAGCAGGAUCAGCAUCCCAGAGAUCAAGAUGGACCCGUGGGUGACCCAGGGAGGUGCUGACCCCCUGCCUCUGGAGGAGGACCACUGCUCUGUGGUAGAGGUGACGGAGGAGGACAUCCAGAACUCCGUCAAAUUCGUUCCCAGCCUCUCUGCAGUGAUCUUGGUGAAGGCCAUGCUGAGAAAGCGCUCCUUCAGUAACCCCUUUGAGUGCCCGAGCCGGCGCGAGGAGAGGUCCAUGUCUGCACCUGGAAGUCUGCUCAUGGACUCGUGGCCCUUCCGGCCCUCUUUUAAACUUCACCCCUCGCUCAGAAAGGCGAGCACGGGCGACGGACCCCGAGAAGGAGAGCUGGAGGACCUGCAUGAAGACGAGCCCUCCUCUUGAGUCCUACGUGUGCAGCGUCCUCUUUAUAUCCACUCACGCCUUCAUUCACAGCUUUUCCUCAAAGUGGUCACGCAGUGCAAACGUGUCAUUCUGCACCUGAAACACAAACUCGAGUUUUUGUUUUGUUUUUGGGGACGCUUGCUUCUGCGCUGUGGAGAUAUUUUAUCUGUGCGAGGAACACGAGCACGUCUGUGGAUCAUCACCGGUUUAUUUUACUGGCCUCAAACUGUAUUAUAGGCAAAGACAGACGAGUUUUUCCCAUCGUGCAUGGCGAAUAUUUAGACCGCAUCUCCAGCCUGUCUGCAGCCGCCUCACAGGAGGAAACAGACGUCAGCAUGUAAAGGACACUGCACUGUCUCCUGAGUGAACUACGAGGCUUUUAUUUCAUCAGUCACUGUAAUGUUGUACAUACGUGUCUUGUGGUAUCUGCUGUGUUAUUGUGAAAACCCUUUAAGCAUAUCUGUGCCAACCUUUACUCUGGAGCACUUCCUGCGCCGCCUUCAGACGCCUCGAUCGAGUGAUCGCAGGGUGACUGCGAGCUGUGUUAAUCUGUGUCCUUCACGCUGCUUCUCCUGAUGCGUCGUCUGUGUCCGUCUGCUGGUUCUUGUUUCUGUGAUGCUGGUGGGUUGGACGUGUUUGCGAUCGAUGGGGAAAAGUUUUUGGAUGGUGAGAAAGUGGAAAAAAAGAUGUUAUUCUGUAUAUGAGCACUGUUCCAAUUGAUACGUUAUUUAUAAUAUUAAUAUAUUGUAAAGUUCUUGGAUGCAGAGCUGAUUUUAAAGCAUAAAUAAUCUGCAUACAAAUGAAUCACUGAGUGCUUUGUAGAAGAAAUCGGAUCACGUUGUACGUUAUUAUAUUAAGAAGCAUCCAAAUCAUUUUAAUGUGAAGUGAUGCAUGUACCUUUACUCUCAGGAAAACUGACCUGCUCUCUUUAAACAAUCUGUCAUGUUGAAGCGCAUUCACAGAAGAGGAAAAUAAGGAAGCUUCAGAGACAAUCAUCAAGUAUCAGAUUUAGUGAUGGUUCCCCUGCAGCUCUGUCUGGUGCUGAACUGUCAUUGUGACGUCAGGCUGCUGCCAGAGAAAGAAAACUCAUCCAGAAGAGCUUCAGGCUGACUUUGGACAGAGAGCAGCAGACGUAGGAGGAGGGGCUGGAGCAGGGCGGGUCCAUCCGAAGCUGAUGGUGUCAUGUUUUUGACUUCAUGUUUUCAUUUUGUUGCUGCUUUUGUUAAUUUGAGCUUUAAGAAAAGGGCCGUGUGUUUGUGUUGGCACAACGUGUCAGUGCAACGGCAAACUGUUCAUUAUAAUAAAUGGGAACAAAUGUAAGAUACAUGCACGCGCCGGCCACAACAUCACUGUUUCCUGUUGACAUCUGCUACACAAGUGAAGAGGAAGAAAAAUAUAAAGCUGUGAACACAGAUUUGUGUUCUCGUGAUUUGAUAACCUGUCAAAGUUGCAACAGUAGAUGCUGACGAUGUGAAUCUGUGCACAUGUGAACCCUCUACACAUGUAGGCGUGGUGGAUUAAAGAAAGAGGCGUGUCCAUUUAAAGGUGCUUGGUUUAAAACGGGGCGUGUCCUGGUGUGUUAACCUGUGAGCAGCGCUGUCCUCCGGCUGGUUGACAGAAGCGCAGCUUCGUUUCCUCCAGUGAAGGAUGCUAGCUCAGGCACGAGGCUGCAAACGGGAUUUCACGCCGUGUUGUUGAGCCGGUGUGUAAUGUCCGCAGGGACAUGACGUCAUAACUGCUUUGACGUCAGUCAUAAACUUUAUCAUCCAUCCUGACGUUCUGAUGUUCAGCUCUAGAUGAAAGACGUGCGCUGCGCACCUUUAAUGAAGGCAACCAAAAAAUGUCACAUGACGUCACCUGUUUGACGUCACCUGUUUAAACGCUCAUCCAUCGCGUUUUUAUUCUGGGUGUCGUUGUGCUGGACGUUUGUCGGGGUCAAAGGUACUUUAUUGUUGUCUUUACAGCUCUCGACCUUUAACCUGUGUUUGUUUAUGACUCUGCUUGUGUUCAAAUUCUUGCACUUUUCCACUUAAAUAUGUGUAAUGUCAUUAUUGUGAGUACUUCUAACUCCGGCCAUUAAACACUGCACAGUGUGUGUGUCCUCCUGUGAAA